AGGAGAAGAAAAAACUAGUUCGAGAAUUCGAUGAGAAGCAGCGUGAAGCAAAUGAAACGCUGCAGGAAAUGGAGGAAGAACUGAAGUCUGCUCCGCUGCCUUUCCGCAACCAAAUGAUGAGCAAAAUCCGGGCGUACAGAAGAGACCUCUCCAUGUUCCAGAGGGAGAUGAGAAGCACAGAUUUGGGAUUGGGCCCUGGAAGUCAAGGCGAUAUAAAAUAUGGAAUCUUUGCCACAGAAAAUGAACAGAGUACCAAUCUGCAGUCCCAGAGGGUGCUGCUUCUCCAGGGAACAGAGAGCCUGAACCGAGCCAGCCAGAGCAUCGAGCGCUCGCACCGGCUGGCUGCGGAAACGGACCAGAUCGGCACCGACAUCAUCGAGGAGCUGGGGGAGCAGCGGGAGCAGCUGGAGCGCACCCGCAGCAGGUUGGUGAAUACAAGUGAGAACUUGAGCAAGAGUCGCAAGAUUCUGCGUUCCAUGUCCAGGAG